AUAAAUGAAAAUUCCAAUGUGCUAAUCUUCAACAACAAAAACUUCAGUGCUGUCCUAAAGGUGAUAACAAAAGAGUAGAUGUUUCACAUGGACAAUUACACCAGUGAUGAAGACAUAGAUGAUGACUUUGAUACUCAGUUCAUCAUUCAUCAGAGUUUACAGGAUGUUCACAAGCCAGGAACUACACAGCAGGCACCUGAGGAUGAGAGCUUCCAUUCCUUUAUGAGCACUGACUGUAAGAAGAUAGUUGAAACAAUACAGACAGGUGAGGAAGAUGCAUUGUCACACUUGACCAAGUACCAUUCUGCUUUUGAUGAAGCAGAUGAGAUAGGCUGGCUUCCUCUGCAUAAGGCUGCAGUGCAGCUAAAUAAGAACAUUUUGGAAAUAACCCUGAAAGCUUCAAAACCCAGUGUGUGGGAGCAAACCACCCAAAAUGGUGAAACACCACUUUUUUUGGCUGUCAGCAAUUACCUCUUAGAAAAUGCCAGUUUUCUUCUUCUCAAUGGCUGCAAUCCAAAUGCCAAGAAUCUUGAAGGCAAUUCUCCUCUUAUUACAGCUGUUCUACAAGACUCCUACGACAUGGCCGCUUUGCUGAUCAGCCAUGGGGCAGAUGUCAAUCUGCGGUGUGCCAAUGAGAGGACAGCUCUCCAUGAAGCAGCCAAACUGGGCAGACAGAACAUGGUGAAGCUAAUGCUGGUGUCUGGGGCACAACCUGACCCACAGAGCUCCUACGGAUUCACUCCUCUUGCUCUUGCUGCCCAAAGUGGGCACACUGAAAUUAUGGAAAUGUUACUUCAGAAAGGAGCUAAUGCUCUUGGUCGGGCCUCUGAUUCUUCUUCCAUCUUACUUGAAGCUGCUAGUGGAGGAAAUCCAGACUCCGUGCUUCUCUUGCUACAGUAUGGAGCUGAUGCCAAUGUCCCUAAGAAUUCAGGCCACCUCCCCAUUCAUGUGGCAGCUGACAGAGGCCACUUGUUGGCUCUGAAGAUUUUGGUUCCAGUUACAGAUUUUGCUGCCAUUAAGCGGAGUGGAAUUAGUCCAGUUCACUGUGCUGCAGCAGGAGCACACCCUGAGUGCCUGGAACUUCUCAUCCAGGCUGGAUUUGAUGUAAAUUUCAUGCUAGAUCAGAGAAUUCGCAAACACUAUGAUGACCAUAGGAAGUCAGCUCUGUAUUUUGCGGUAUCAAAUGGUGACCUCUCUUCAGUUAAGCUGCUUCUGAGUGCUGGAGCCCUGCCUAACCAAGACCCAGUUAACUGCCUCCAGAUAGCUCUAAGGAUGGGCAACUAUGAGCUGAUAAGUCUGCUGUUACGGCAUGGGGCCAACGUAAAUUACUUCUGCAGGGUCAACCCAUUACAUUUCCCAUCAGCACUGCAAUACACACUGAAAGAUGAAGUCAUGCUCAGGAUGCUGUUGAAUUAUGGGUAUGACACAGAACGAUGCUUUGAUUGUCCUCAUGGAGACAGAGUUCAUCAUUGCUAUACUUUUGAGGGCUGGACAUCUACAGUUAUCAAAGAUACUAUGUUCUGUGAAGUAAUAACUUUGUCAUGGCUGCAACAUCUCUCUGGAAAGGUCGUUCGAGUGAUGCUUGAUUAUGUUGAUCAAGUUCGGAUCUGUUCAAAGUUGAAAGCUGUGCUCCAAAAACAGGGGCUCUGGUCAGAAAUCCAUAAUAUCUUGACAAACCCUCGCUCCCUAAAACACUUGUGCCGCCUAAAGAUCCGGAAGUGUAUGGGACGUUUGCAUUUGCGUUGCCCCAUCUUCAUGUCAUUUCUUCCGUUACCCAAUCGUCUAAAAGCGUAUGUCCUUUACCAAGAAUAUGACCUUUAUGGACAAGGAAAUUUUACAGGAACGUGGUAACCAAACUAUUCUGGUUGAAGAGUUUCUUGAGGAAGAGGUUACUACUUACUUCAAACAAUCACAAGUGACUAACAAAUGUGAUUCUGUCAUACGAAAGAUGUUAUGGAUGGCUCGGG